AAAUUUAGAAAUAUUAUAGCUAAAAUAUAAUUUUAAUUGUACUAGAUUUUUUUUUUUUUUCGAAAUAUACUUUAAAAGUAUUGAAUAGAAACGGAAGUAUAUCCAACUAUCCACACGUCAUUCGACAGUAGACGACUGACGUGACGAAUCCGACGGUAGUGAAAUUUCAUUUUUUGGUGAAUGUGUUAGUGAAUCUACUGUUAAAAAUGCAAAUUCCAAAUGAAUAUGUUUCUACCGCUGAGGAUAUAGCAGAUCAGGUGAUUCGUAAAGGCAAGAAUGUGCUGCCGACGGUGGCGCGGCUGUGCCUCAUCUCCACGUUCCUGGAGGACGGUCUGCGCAUGUGGUUCCAGUGGUCGGAGCAGAGGGACUACAUGGACAUGUCCUGGAGCUGCGGCAAGUUCCUCGCCACCAUGUUCGUUAUAAUUAAUUUAGUGGGUCAGCUCGGAGGUUGUGUGAUGGUGUUGGGAAGGCUGAAGGUCGACAUCGCCUGUGGAGUUCUCUUCUUCAUCGUUGUACUACAGACAUUCGCAUACAGCAUACUGUGGGACAUGCAGUUCUUGCUGCGUAACCUGGCGCUGAUCGGCGCGCUGCUGUUGGUGCUGGCCGAGGCGCGCGCCGAGGGCCGCAGCCUGUUCGCGGGCGUGCCCUCACUCGGCGAGAACAAGCCCAAGACUUACCUCCAGCUCGCCGGCAGGAUACUGCUCGCGUUCAUGUUCAUCACACUGCUCAGAUUUGAAAUUUCCUUCUUGCAAAUCGUGCAAGACUUGCUGGGCAGCAUCCUGAUGAUCCUCGUGACGGUGGGGUACCGCACCAAGCUGUCGGCACUGAUGCUGGUGCUGGUGCUCACCGUGCUCAACCUGUAUCACAACGCGUGGUGGACGGUUCCCUCCUACAAACCUCUCAGGGACUUCCUCAAAUAUGACUUUUUCCAGACAUUAUCAGUGAUCGGAGGGCUGCUAAUGAUAGUGUACCUCGGCCCCGGCGGGGUCAGUAUGGACGAGCACAAGAAGAAGUGGUAGAGACUGACCUAGUCCCGCAGUGCACAGACUUUGAUAUUAACGUUAAGAUUGUUACGGUGGUGCAACAUUCAUUAUAGUGGUAUGUUUAUCCAGGCAUUGUUCAAGUCAAUGAAUCGGUCGCAGUAUUUUUACUAAAACUAGGAUUGUUUGUUUCCAAUAGUAACAUUUUUUUAUUGGUAUGACGUUAAUAAUUAAUUAGACAAAUGUGUUAUAAGCUGUGGAUGAGAAGGUUAUUGCAUUUCACAGUUCGAGCAACAUAAUUUUUUGACAAACUGCCAAGAUUGGAUCCCACAGAGAGGGUACCGUUUGACAGGUGCUCGGUCGUAAACCCUAAACCAAAUUCUUUUAACAUGCCCGAAAAAGUUUUUUGUCUCGCUUUAAAGUGAGAUAAGAGCAGGCAUAAGAAUGUUUGACCUGCACUAAAUAGAACCAAUAAUACAUUGUCAUAAAGGUGUUUAUGGCAUACAUUGCAAUUUGUUUUAAUACGGAAAGUAUUAAAUCCUCAGAACUAGGAUUAAUUUCCUGAACUUGAAUGUUGGCUGGAUAAAUAUAGUGUACCAUACAUCUGGUGUAUUGACAACUGAACUAGUCGCCGGCAAGACUUGCAAGAGCAUUAACAACACUGGUACAUACAACUCUUGUGAAGAAAUAAUUUUCAAUGACCAAUUAUAUAUAGAAAGCAUAAUGAAAAGUGUUUGCAAAACUCAAAUGGUACAUUUGGACUAAACAGCUGAAUUACCUCAAAAUUUUACAUUCAAUGGAUUCCUUAAAAAUCUUAAUGAAGGUAGUCAAUUCAUAAAUGUGUUUAUAUCAAUUGUUUUUAAAGUACAUAUUUAUGACAUUAUUGUACUGUUCAUAUUUAAUAAUUCCUGUGUAAUAUGUCAUGUGUAAUAAAAUUAGGUAUUUUUAAUAUUUUUCUAAAAUUUAUCACAGUGUUGCCAGACGUUUUGAAAUUGUUAGUCUAUAGUUAUGCAAUGUUGCCAGCAAUUUAAAUUUAACAGUUAGCUUCCAUUUAUGUAAUAUUUUUCCAUAAAAUUGCACCAAUAUUUUAUAGAUUUAAUAAAUAUUUUUACGACCCGCAAGCGAGUGAUGUUAUCUUGACGGAAUGUUGUAAGAGUACGCAGUAUGAGAGCGACCGCUUUCGUUAUCUAUAGUGUUAACGUUUCAUGCCGACGAUUUUUUUAAAUAUUUGUGAUGUCAAUGUAAAUCAUUAUCUAUUUGUACUUAUUGAAUGAACGCAACAACGUUUGAGAAUAUUGGAGAAUUUAUUGCCGUUACAUAGUUGUUGAGACGCGAGUACAUAUAUCUAUGUCGGAUUUUAUAACUUUAUAUAUUUCUUUCAUUAAAUGUCCAACAAUUGUUUUGAAGA